CAACCCUUGAAGGGUGUGACAGACAAUCCAAAAUUGUGGAUUUUAUUUUAGUCCAUCCGCAGGUUCUAAUUUAUCUACACCGUCCUUCCAUGGCUCGCAUUUGGGAGCAAACUUUGAGAGAAAGGGAGACAGGAAAAACAGGAAAGGUGAGGCAGGGCGCGUGUGAGUGCGACUCCGAAAAAGAAGGAAAAACCGGGUACCCGAUCCAGACACAGUACCAUGUAACCACCCCAAAAAAAGGCUCGCAGUCCGAGGUAUAUGCCUUAAAAAACUGCAAACCCAGAAACACCCACGAGACAAAUCUCCUCCUCAGAUCAGAUCGGGUUCCGCCUAGAAGUACAAGGAGAAACAAUCGGUGCGUUUGUUCCCAUAUUGUGGCGUUGGAAAAGGGUUGGUUUUGUUUUGGUUUUGUUUUGGUUUGAUAAUGGAGCAGAAGGGUUUGUUGGUGUCGGCGUUGAGUGUCGGCGUGGGAGUGGGUGUGGGGCUGGGUUUGGCCACCGGACAGAGCGUCACCAAAUGGUCGUCCUGUAAUUCAUCGUCCAACGUUAUCACUGCUGAUAAAUUGGAACACGAAAUCCUUAAACUCAUUGUUGAUGGUCGUGAAAGCAAAGUCACUUUUGACCAAUUCCCUUACUAUCUCAGUGAACAGACACGAGUUGUAUUGACAAGUGCUGCAUAUGUCCAUUUGAAACAUGCUGAAGUUUCUAAGUUUACUCGAAACCUCUCCCCUGCAAGUCGAGCCAUCUUACUCUCUGGACCUACAGAACCUUACCAGCAAAUGCUUGCAAAGGCAUUGGCUCACUACUUCGAGGCCAAACUGUUGCUUUUAGAUAUAACUGCCUUUUCCCUAAAGGUGAAAUUUCUGAAUUCUCUCGUGCAAGUUUGGUGGGUUUGCUUGUCUUCUUCUUCUUCUUUGGAAUUAUUCACUUGUUUGUGUUGGGUUCAGAUUCAGAGCAAAUAUGGCACCACCGUUCAGGGUUUUAGACGAUCCACUUCAGAGUCAACAUUGGAGAGAUUGUCUGGCUUAUUUGGAUCAUUUUCAAUCCUUCAACCCAGGGAACAACAAAAAAUAGGUUCAUUACGAAGGCAAAGUAGUGGUGUGGAACUUGCAUCACGGGGAAAGGAAGGAUCUUCCAGUCUCCCGAAACUUCGAAGAAACGCCUCUGCUGCUGCUAACAUUAAUAACCUUGCAACACAAGGCAAUGUUGAGAAGCCAGCUCCCCUUAAGCUCAUGACCAGAUGGCCUUUUGAGGAGAAACUUCUUAUACAGUGUCUGUAUAAGGUUCUUCUAUACGUAUCGAAAGCGAGUCCCAUUGUUUUAUAUCUUCGUGACGUAGAUAGGUUCUUAUCCAAGUCAAAUAGGGUAUAUAACUUGUUCCAGAAAAUGCUACAAAAGCUGUCAGGCACCAUUUUGGUUCUUGGUUCGCGUACUAUCGAUUCAAGCAAUGAUUAUAUCGAGGUGGAUGAUAGGCUCUCUGCUCUUUUUCCAUAUAAUAUCGAAAUCAAGCCGCCUGAAGAUGAAUCUCAGCAUGUCAGUUGGAAGUCUCAAUUGGAAGAGGAUAUGAAGAAGAUCAAGGUUCAGGAUAACAGAAACCAUGUAAUAGAAGUUCUUUCAGCGAACGAUCUUGACUGUGAUGAUCUCGACUCGAUCUGUGUUGCUGAUACCAUGGUUCUCAGCAACUACAUAGAAGAGAUUGUGGUGUCUGCAAUUUCUUAUCAUCUAAUGAACAACAAGGAUCCCGAAUACAGAAAUGGAAAACUGAUCAUCUCGAGCAAGAGUUUGUCCCAUGGAUUGAACAUAUUCCAAUCAGGAAAAUCCAAUGGCAAAAACACUGUACAGCUUGAAGCUUCAAAGGAGUCGGGGGCGGUGAAACCCGAAGCAAAAGCUGGUACCACAGCUCCUGAAACCAAAAGUGAAGCAGCGCCUACAGCCGUGGUGAAAACUGAUGGAGAGGCUACUGCUCCAGCUGCAAAAGCCCCUGAAGUUCCACCAGACAAUGAGUUCGAGAAACGCAUUAGGCCAGAGGUUAUACCAGCGAACGAGAUUGGUGUUACAUUUUCUGAUAUCGGCGCCAUGGACGAGAUAAAAGAUUCUCUUCAGGAACUCGUAAUGCUUCCCCUCCGAAGGCCAGAUUUAUUUCUCGGAGGGCUUUUGAAGCCUUGCAGAGGCAUAUUGUUGUUUGGACCUCCUGGAACUGGAAAGACUAUGUUGGCCAAGGCCAUAGCCAAAGAAGCCGGAGCAAGCUUCAUUAAUGUAUCGAUGUCUACCAUAACUUCCAAAUGGUUUGGAGAAGACGAGAAGAAUGUUCGAGCUUUAUUCACAUUGGCAGCCAAAGUCUCUCCCACCAUCAUAUUUGUAGAUGAGGUUGAUAGUAUGCUCGGGCAGCGGACGAGAGUUGGUGAGCAUGAGGCAAUGAGAAAGAUAAAGAAUGAGUUCAUGGCUCAUUGGGAUGGACUCUUGACAAAUUCAGGGGAGCGUGUGCUCGUUCUUGCAGCAACAAAUAGGCCAUUUGACCUCGAUGAAGCCAUCAUUCGACGGUUCGAGAGAAGAAUAAUGGUGGGAUUACCAACACCUGAAAGUAGAGAAAAUAUAUUGAGAGCUCUCUUGGCGAAGGAAAAGGUGGAAGAAGGACUAGACAUGAAGGAGCUUGCAACAAUGACAGAAGGAUAUAGUGGAAGUGAUCUCAAGAACUUCUGCAUGACGGCUGCUUAUCGACCCGUUCGGGAACUAAUCCAGCAAGAAAGACUAAAGGAUAUGGUAAGUGUGAGGGAAUCAGUAGCCAUAUUUGUAUCCUUUUAUUUGCUUUGUAUUCAAGUAAGAUACUUCAUUUCCCUGUCCAUCUCUUUUGCUUUGAAGGAGAAAAAAAAAAGUGCUGCGGAGGCACAGAAUGCAGCAGCAGGGGAUGCAGCUGGAGAUGGCAAAGAAGAAAGAGUAAUCACUCUCAGAGCACUAAACAUGGAGGACUUCAAACAAGCAAAGAAUCAGGUUGCAGCCAGUUUUGCAGCAGAAGGAACAAUGAUGAGUGAAUUGAAGCAAUGGAAUGAGCAAUAUGGGGAAGGAGGAUCAAGAAAGAAGCAACAGUUGUCUUAUUUCCUGUGAGGUUAGGCCAUGAAUGGCUAUGAUUUGCUGCAACUCUUAGGGCUCUCUUAUUUCCAUGUGAGGAAGCUUUGUUUGUGUAAAUAUGAGGAAAGCUUUGAUUUGUUCCAUUUCUAUGGGGCUCUGCUCUGGGAAUUACAUACCCAACUACUUUCUCUUUCAACCGGCUGGUGCUGGAAUCACAGCAAACCAAGCCCCUUUUUUGUUUUUUGUUUUUUGUUUUUGGUUCUGAGUUCCUUAUCUUUAUAUAUUUUGUAUCAAAUUGUUUC